UGGCCAAUCAUGAUGACCCAGAAGACUCAAAUUCCCAAAAAGGGCCAAUCACAGAGCCAGAGGUUAAAGAAUCAACAAAGAAACCGCCGCAGAAAGGGGUUAUUUAAGAAAGUUAAGGAAUAUUCCAUUAUAUGUGUCAGGCCCUGGCGCAGACCUGACUGGUCACGUGGUUGCUUUCCACAUGACCUCGCUUCUAGUCAACUUGUCAAGUCGCACAUCGAGUUUCUUUGUCUUCUUUGUUUUCUUCUCCUUCCCUCUCUGUCGGUUCUGCACCUUUUUGAUAGGUUAGAUAUCUCGAAUACAACAAGUUUUGCCUUCAUCGCGAGGUCUUGA